AUGAUGCUGAGAUUCCGAAGCACAGGGACGUUCGGGCGGGUGCACCUGGUGAAGGAGAAGAGCACCGAGCAGUUCUUCGCCCUCAAGGUCAUGAGCAUCCCUGACGUGAUCCGCUUGAAGCAGGAGCAGCACGUGCACAAUGAGAAGUCGGUCCUCAAGGAAGUCAGCCACCCGUUCCUGGUCAGGCUGUUUUGGACCUGCCAUGAUGAGCGGUUCCUUUACAUGCUGAUGGAGUUUGUGCCGGGCGGUGAGCUCUUCAGCUACCUGAGGAACAGGGGCCGUUUUGCUGCGGCCACUGGGCUCUUCUACUCAGCCGAGAUCAUCUGUGCCAUCGAGUACCUUCACUCCAAGGAGAUUGUCUACAGGGACUUGAAACCAGAGAACAUACUGCUGGACAGGGAUGGCCACAUCAAGCUCACAGACUUUGGGUUCGCCAAGAAACUGGUAGACAGGACGUGGACCCUCUGCGGAACGCCUGAGUACCUGGCCCCCGAGGUCAUCCAGAGUAAGGGCCACGGACGGGCCGUGGACUGGUGGGCCCUUGGCAUCCUGAUAUUUGAGAUGCUCUCGGGCUUCCCUCCAUUUUUCGAUGACAACCCAUUUGGUAUCUAUCAGAAAAUUCUCGCCGGGAAAAUCGAUUUCCCCAGGCAUCUGGAUUUCAGCGCCAAAGACCUCAUUAAGAAACUGCUGGUUGUGGACAGGACAAAGCGUCUGGGAAACAUGAAGAACGGCGCUAACGACGUGAAACGGCAUCGCUGGUUCCGCUGUGUGGACUGGGACGCCGUCCCACAGAGAAAACUUAAGCCUCCCAUUGUGCCCAAGAUAUCCAGUGAUGGGGACACGUCCAACUUCGAAACGUACCCCGAGAAUGAGUGGGAUCCCGCCCCUCCUGUGCCAGAGAAAGACUUAGAAAUCUUCAAGAAUUUCUGAGGAACGGAACUUGCCUUGGAAGAAUCAGGAAGAUGGGAGCCUGCUUGGGAUACAGAACUUCACCUGUGCAGAUGAGAAGAGCUGUCGCUUCGUGCGAUAAAGACGUUCCCUCAUUUAUACACACACACACGUCGUCCGUGUCUAAAAAUCACUGGAGGAGGCGUUUGAAGUUCACAGAACUGGCAUUAUUUUAGCAACUGGAAAACUUAUUGCACUGCUGGAAGUUUUGAAACAUUGUUUGCUUGUAGAUUUUUAUCUUUGAGUGUGCGUUUUCCUUUUGCGAUUUCUCAGUUUUUUCCGUAGACCGAACUUUUUAAGUUUGAGCUAGACUUGUGUGGUUAUAACCACAGAACCUGCUGUGAGUGUGUGUGUGUG